ACCAGUCCUUCCCCAUGUCCUCAAGGGGCCCCCUUCUGGCCUCUCCCGGGCUGGGCCACCUGCCAGGGGCGCCUACAGGGGUGGGGAGUGCCGGCCCGCGGUGCCUGCACCACGUGCUCUGGGCGGCCAGCAGCAGCCCUCGUGCGGGGGCGGCCAGCAGCACAGCUUGGCCGCCAGAGGCCCCGCCAGGGGUGCCUCCGGCCGGCUGGGCUCAGCUGAGCCCUGGGAGGGGCUUCAGAUCGGCCGGGGCUUGGGCCGCCACGGUUGGCAGCAGGGGGCCAGUCUUCUCCCCCGCUGGCAGGGCUCUGGAUGGUCCCUGGAGGCCCCUGCCUGACACUGCCCUGGCCCGGGCCCUGGGACAGCCAGCCUUUCAGAAGUCAGGGCAGGCAGACGCGCGCCCGGUGUUGCCUUGUCUCCCCCGGGCCCUGACCCUGACGCCGACCCCUUUCUUUCUCCCUCUGAUCACGUGGACUGGGCCCAGCAGACCUGGAGAACCCUGCCUGGGGACCCACGUCCUCAUCCCAGCCAGCUCCACACUGGGCCACCUCCGCCCCGGGUCAGGCCUCAGACAUCGUGUGGGGCUCCCCCAGUCUGUGGGCCACGCAACAUCAAAGGGGGGGGAGGUUGGCCUCUUUCACCCCCUGCCCGGGAGCGGUAGAGCCCCUGUUCCGACAUCUCCCGGCACCCUCCCGCUGUCCGGGUGCUCUGGUGGCUGGCAUUUCCGGGUCAGGCGAGAGUCUGCCGGCUUCUCCACCCUGCUCGUCCUCCUGCACAAGGCACGAACCCCUCCUCUGAGCCUUCCCAAGCAAGGGGAGUGGGGGGGCACACCAUGGGCCCUGACGGAUCUGCGGGGUGGUGGCUCCAGCCCUCUGGCAGGGGUAGGGAGCCUCCCGCGGGCCGUCCCCUCGGCCUCCGGGGGCCAGCCCCUCAAGCAGGCAGGGAGGCGUUCUCUGGCUGGGGCGCCUCAGAAGACAGAGGCCUCCGGAGACUUCCAGGCAGCCUUUUAAGGAGCUGAAAGUGGUUCAGAGAAAUGGCAAAGUUUCCUGGAGAUCAUGCAAGGAACAGUUCUUGUACACCCUCCCCCCCCAAGGAUGGCUGGGGCGGCUUGGAGUUUCCCCUCUCCCAGAACCCCGCGGAAGUGGGGUGUGGAGCCCUCGUGGGGUGCUGGCAGUGAGGCGAGCGAGCCUGGUGCGGAGGCCGUAAACGCGCUUUGGUGCUGGCUGUCCAGCUGCCGCGGGCCGCCGUGCGUAAGCACGCGGGGCCUCUGAGACCGUGCCCAGCAAGCACCACCACCCCCCGCCCCCAACCUGGGGCCUGCAGGGUGCAUCCCAGGCCCCGGUGCCUGGGGUCCACCCGGAGGGAAGGUGCAGCGAUGGCUGGCUGGCUGCGACAGCUUUUCACAUGCGUUACCUCCAGGGCGGGCCCCCCCGCCCCCCACUGCGGGAGACAGGCGGCCGGGGGAGGAGAGGGUCACCUGCCCAUCCGUGCCCCUCCUUGGAAAGAUUCUCGGUCCAAAUCCUCACCUGCACGGUUGCAACAUAGCCGAGGCGCAGCCGGGCCCUUGGUCACGAGGGGACCACUCUCUCUGGAGUAACGCGGUGGCAGCUCAGAAACAGAAACAGACUGGCGUGAGGGGGAAGUGUAAGCAAAGGCCCCCAAAGAUCGGAAGAGGGUCGU